AUGAGUUCAGCCUCAUUUGCUGCCCAUCUAACCCUAUACCAGCACACACGAAUUAACUCAAAACCAUUUCUGCAUAGACCUUCCCUCCAUAAUAUUCAUGGUGGAAUAACUUGUAUUUAUAGCAAUUUCCAUUCAUCAUAUUUGAAGCAGUCUUUGGUUCCGGUAACUUACCCUUCACGGCAGCAACGAGGCCUAUCGACUCUAGUGCCAUCGGUUGCCAAGCUUUCUGGUUCGGAAGAGGAGGAUUCGCUAGGAGCCUUGGAAACGGUUCUCAAGCUUUACUCGGCGAUCAAGAACCGAAACAUACGUGAACUAUCUGAUAUCAUCGACGAUGAAUGUCAAUGCAUCUGCAAUUUCUUCUCGUGUUUCCGACCUUUACAAGGGAAAGAGCAAGUGACUGAAUUCUUCACUUCUUUGAUAAAGUAUAUGGGAAAUCACAUUGAAUUUGUGGUGCAAACAACACUGAAUGAAGGGAUGGUUGUUGGCAUCCAUUGGAGAUUAGGUUUGCCCUUCCUUCACAACAUUAAAUUUCAAUAA